ACAAAUGUUUUAACAUAUAUACUUCAUUUAUAAAAGCUGGGGCGACUUAAAUCAUCAUGUCUGAUGUGGUUAUAGAGCAGCCUGGACUACAGGGCUCUCCCGUAGGAUGGAUAGAACAAUUUGCAGAUCUCGAGAAAGUCAAUGUUAUACAAGAAUAUGACACAGGGGCUAACUGCUUCCAAAGCUGCCAGUGUUGUGUACCAAGCUGGAGACACAAGACUUUCAAAAUCACAGAUGAGAAUGAACAAGAAAUACUCAAAGGAGAGGAUGAGACAGAAGGAAUAUUCUGCUGCUGUUCUAGUGUCAUCCUUGGAUGUUUUGGUUGUGGUCCAUCAUUAACUUAUGAAUUCAAAGAUCAACUUGAACAAAGGGUUUUGAAGCUGACCCAUCCAAUCCGGUGUUGUGGCAGAACAAUUGAGAUGUCAGGUCCAGAUGGCAAUGUUUUGGCAGCUGUUAAUAAAACUUUUUCCAUAUGCAGUGCAUUGGACUUUGACAUAGUAGACAAUGAUGGUGAAACAGUGUUCAAUGUUAGUGGCCCAUCCUGCCUGUCCUGUGAGUGUGGAGGAAUCACAUACAAUGUGAGGAAGGAUGACAAUGAUGUUGGUGAGAUCCUAGUGAGCUGGGAUGGACCAUGUGGGUGUUGUUGUUGCGGAUGCUGUGACUGCGCCAUGUGGAAGUUUGAAAUCAAAUUUCAACGAGACAUGGAUGUCUACCAAAAGUUGAUGAUGGUUGGAAGUGUCUUCCUGAUAGAAGUGAUGGCGGAGAGAAUGAGGGAGGGAAUUUAAAUAAUGGAAUGGCGGACAGAGAGGAUGUGUAAAACAAUAGAAUAAAGAGUGCAAGAGAAAGAAUGUAAAGAUUGGACAUAUCGUAUAUUGGUUAUAUACACCCUGUAUAACUGAAAUUGAGAAUAUACAUUGAGAGAUAUUGCAUAAGAUAAAAGUGAAGAAUGUAAAUAUACAUAAAAUACAUGCACAUAUUAUCAAGUACAUGUAUUUCUUAAUCCAAAAUUCAUGAAACAUGUUUUCACAAAAUAAACAGUCAAUUGAAAACUAUACCCUUUGCAUUUGUUUGAAUUGGCUUCUUAAAAGACAACUUCAUCUGUGUUAGUUAAGAAAUAAACUCUGCACUCUAAAAUCCAAAAAAGGAAUUCACCAGCACCCUAAAAACAACUACAUGUACAUUCAACAUUAGUAAACUUCAAAAUUGCUUAAGCGUUAAACAAUAUAUUUGCUUCAAAUAAGCUUAUUAGCCUUUUCAGAAUAUCAACAUCAUAGACAUAAAGACAUUACAUAUUCAAAGAGGUUAAUUUUUGCUGUUGCUGAUGUUUUGCAACUUGGAUAUAUAAUUACAUUUUCUUUUUCAAGACCUCCAACUCCACAAGGCACCAAAAUGUUUAACUAACUAUGAACCAUUCUGCCAUUUGGAUAUGUUACAUAACUUAUAUAAAUAUUUUGUUAUCAUGUCGAUUUUAGAUAAUUUCAUUAGGUAUUGUGUGCAAUGUCUGACUUCUAUUACUGCGUAUUGUCAACUCAUUCCAAAUAAUCAAUAUGGAGCAAUAUCAAUGAUCAACACAUCAAUUAGAGAACAACUAAUAUAUUAAUCAUUCUUUGCUUUCCUUUCUGAUAGACAUUGAUCUCCGUAGAUUAUGUUAUAAUUGUCAAAGAUCUGAAUUGUUUAUAAAUUAUAAUACAGUACAUUAUAUUCCUAUUAGUACGUAAUAAAUGAUAGCUUUGGCACGACUUUAAUGUCUAAUGUUUUGCUAUUUAAGAUUACUCUCUAGCAACAAUGAAAAUAUUCGUCAGAGAAGAAAAUCUAGCGCAGAAUGUAGCUAAAAGUGAAGAUGAUACUCUAUUUUAUGAAGCGAAGUCGAACAAAUGGAAA